AAAACUUUGUUUUUCCCCUUUGCUCAAGAAAGUGAGUUAGCCGAUGGACUUAUGUGGGCGUAAGAAGAAGGCUUGAGGAAAAAAAAAAGAAUAUAAAAGAAAAAGAAAAAAAAAAGGGUUCGAUUUCGUUCCUGCAGCACACCCCUCGUUCAUUAAUUUGUCCUACAUAUGCAAGGAAGACAUGGACGACCAACCCAUAUCCGAGUCUAACACCAAGAUGGUUACACCCACCACCCAUCAUCAUUCUAUUGAGUCUUUCUCCGAGUCAUCUUCAUCACACCUUUGUUCGUCUGAAUCCAACAACACCAAUGGCAACCAUGUCUCUCCAGCAAAAACAUGCAGCAACGAGAAGAAGCAAAAGAAGCACAAAAUCCUUUUCCUAGACGCCUACGACUCCUUCUCCAACAACAUCACUUCCCUCCUCACCACCCUCCUCGACGAUGUAGACGUUUACGUCCUCUCCAUCGACUCACCCCUCCUGGAUCCUGCCUCGCCCGAUUUUGGCAAACGGUUCCGCAGGGAACUUGCCCAGUACACGGCCGUGGUAUGCGGUCCCGGGCCGGGGUCGCCCGACAACGAUGCGGAUGUUGGGCUGAUGAAUUAUGUGUGGCAGCUUACUGGUGCUGCUGCUGAGGAAGCGGAGGAUGGAGAAAAGGGGGGAGAAGGUGGUGCACUCCUACCCGUCCUGGGUAUCUGUCUCGGGUUUCAGAGCUUGGUGAAGUAUGGUGGUGGGGAGGUGAAGAGGCUGAAGAGGGGGUUGCAUGGGAUGGUUAGGGAGGUUUUGCAUCUUCCCCACGGCAGCGGCGAAGGCGAUGGUGACGGUGAGGGCAACGGCAGCAGCAGCAGCAGCAUCUUUCGGGGCGUUCAACCGUUCAAGGCGACGCUUUAUCACUCGCUUUGUGGCGAUAUUGGCCAGCAUGAGGUUUCUGACGCGGACUGGGAGGAGGGAGGUGCGAAAUGGAAGCCCAUCGAAAGGUGUCCAGAUCUCUUGCCGCUGGCGUGGGUAGAAGAGAAGCGCGAGGACGGGGAGGUGGAGAGAAUCCUGAUGGGAGUAAAGCACAUGAACAAACCUUUCUGGGGGCUGCAGUACCACCCUGAAUCGGUGUGUACAGAGAAAGAGGGGAACAAAGUCAUUGAGAACUGGUUCAAAGAAGCGCUGAGUUGGAACAAAAAGAAGAGGAGGGUGGUGGUGGAAGUUGCCGAAGGCGAGAGGUUGGCGCACCAGGCUACUAAGCCUAGUCUGUUGUCAAUGUUACAAGUUCCGGUUGGCGACGAGCACAUGUCGUCUUCUACUACUAGCGAGAGCAACAAGAUGUGGUGGGAGCUCAUGGGAACGAGACCUGAGCACCGUUCUGUUACGGUCCGUCUGCCGCAAGGCGUGCAGGUGUCGGACGUGGUGGAGGAGCUGGGCCUGGAUGGCUCCGACAAGGUGGUGGUUUUGGAAUCUGCAAACGCGGCUGCUACGGCGUCGUCGAGAGCAGAUGUGCGAGGUCGAUACAGCAUCAUCGCAGCGGGGCUGGAAGAGGCACUGCGGCUGGAGUACCACACUGGUGAUGAGUAUGCUACUUUCAAGCUCCAGCAGAUCAACGGCUUGCAGGUGGAUCUGUCUGAACGGGUCUUCCUCGGUUCUUACGGCGGUAUAUGGGGCCUCGUGGCCAGUUUUCAUGAGACGCGGAGCAUGGGGAGUGGUGUUGAGCUUCCCGAUCUACCGUUCCUGGGAGGAUUCAUAGGUUUCAUCACCUAUGAACAAGGCCUGAGUGACAUCGACAUCCGUCUGGAAACACGCCCACACCACCGACCUGACGUCUGUCUGGCAUGGGUAACAAAGAGCGUGGUCAUAGAUCACCGUCUUGGCUUGGCCCAUAUCCAGGAGUUAUAUUCUUCUGAUGCAAGCUUGGACGAUGCUGCCUGGAUGCGGAGCACCGCAGACCGACUUGUUUCAGUCUCUGCCCAUCACCGACACCCAUUUCUCGACGACUUGCCUUCACCCGCCAAGAAGGUGAAGACGCGCCAUCCUUCUACAAGCCCCUCAAUACAGACACCUCUGAUACCGGAAUACGAGGCCAAGGUCAAGGCCUGUCAAGAGUUCAUCGCAGCCGGCGACUCUUACGAGCUCUGUCUCACAGACCAAACCAAGAUCACUCGGCCCCUGAGCGACAUGAUCCCGUCAUCUGCUCCACAAGAAAAUCAAGGACUGCAACAACAGCAACAACAACAACAACAACAGCGAAUAAACUCAACCUUCAACCGAAAGCAGCAGCAACAGCGUCGCUCCUCCUCCUCCUCCUCCCCCAUCCCCUCCUCCUGGCAUCUCUACAAAAAGCUCCGCUCCCGACAACCAGCCCCAUUCGCGUCCUACCUGCGCCUCGGCGGCGCGACGCUCGUCAGCGCCUCGCCCGAGCGGUUCUUGACGUACAACCGGCACGGGCGGUGCUCAAUGCGGCCGAUGAAGGGAACAGUGCGCAAGUCGGAAGCGGUCUCGACGCUCGAGCAGGCAGAGAAGAUUCUGCACGUGCCCAAGGAGGAAGCCGAGAACCUGAUGAUUGUCGACUUGGUCCGGCACGACUUGCAUUCGAUUUGCGGGGCGGGUAACGUUGAGGUGAGCGAUCUGCUCAAGGUGGAGGAGUAUCAGAGUGUGUUUCAGAUGAUUACUGUUGUUGAAGGGCAGCUACCCCCACCCUCUGAUGACGAGAAGAGAUACACGGGACUGGACGUCCUCGCGGCUAGUCUGCCGCCGGGAAGCAUGACGGGAGCCCCCAAGAAACGCAGCUGCGAGCUGUUGCAGCAAAUUGAGCAGAACAGUGAGCGCAGUUUGUACUCGGGUGUUGUUGGCUACAUGUGUGUCAGCGGCAGAGGAGAUUGGAGCGUGACGAUCCGAAGUCUGUUCCGGUGGGACGAUGAGCGGGUAACUGUGCAGGGACAAGGAGAAGAUGGCCAGAGUGAGGAAGAACAUGAGGUGUGGCAUAUUGGCGCUGGAGGAGCGGUUACCAUUCUGAGUACCCCUGAGGGUGAGCGGGAGGAAAUGUUUACGAAACUCGCUGGGCCGUUGAAGGUGUUUGCGGAGCUGGGUUAGACUCGAUGAAUUGGUGAGAGACAGAGGGUGAGGGGGGGUUCUAUGGCGAGCAGAGCUGGUCUGCGGCCAGAGGCUGUGGAAGAAAGGGAAGACGUGAAACAAAAGCAAGAUAACUUCAUCAUUUUGGGCCCAAGCGUGCGUUAGGGUUAGAAGAACACGAUAUCCAACAUAUCUAGGGUGUCGUCUUGGUGUCAAGGUUAAAAUGGGUUGGAGUUUUGUGGCUGUUAUAUUAGCUCAACGGAUGCAUACCUUACGGCGGGAUUAGAAAGUAGACUUUUCAACGCGAAGCAUUGCAAGUGGAGAGAAAGAAGACGUCAAGCCCUCUCGCUAGAUGAUUGAUCACGGCAUAAAAUAACCCCAUAACUGUCUCGUAAUAAUCCAAAUCCAGCC